AUGGGCUCAAAAGUAGCAGGUAAAAAGAAAACCCAGAAUGAUAAUAAACUAGAUAACGAAAAUGGUUCACAGCAGCGCGAAAAUAUCAAUACCAAGACGCUUUUGAAAGGCAACCUUAAGAUAUCAAAUUACAAAUAUCUUGAGGUGAUUCAACUAGAACAUGCUGUGACAAAAUUGGUGGAGUCUUACAAUAAAAUAAUUGAACUUUCACCAAAUUUGGUAGCUUACAAUGAAGCCGUUAACAAUCAAGAUAGAGUGCCUGUUCAGAUACUUCCUUCUCUAUCACGUUAUCAAUUAAAACUGGCAGCUGAAUUAAAAACCUUACAUGAUCUUAAAAAAGACGCAAUUUUGACAGAAAUUACUGAUUAUGAAAAUGAAUUUGAUACUGAACAAAAGCAACCUAUAUUGCAAGAAAUCAGUAAAGCUGAUAUGGAAAAGUUAGAGAAGCUAGAACAAGUUAAAAGGGAAAAGCGAGAGAAAAUAGAUGUAAAUGUGUACGAAAAUUUAAAUGAAAAGGAAGAUGAAGAAGAAGACGAAGGAGAAGAUAGCUAUGACCCAACAAAGGCUGGUGAUAUCGUCAAGGCAACAAAAUGGCCUCCAAAAUUACCAGAGAUUCAAGAUUUAGCGAUUAGGGCCAGGGUAUUUAUUCACAAAUCCACAAUAAAGGAUAAAGUUUACUUGUCUGGAUCAGAAAUGAUCAACGCACAUAAUGAAAGACUAGAAUUCCUAGGCGAUUCGAUCUUAAAUUCUGUUAUGACAUUAAUUAUUUAUAACAAGUUUCCCGAUUACAGCGAGGGUCAGUUAUCAACAUUAAGGAUGAAUUUGGUAAGCAACGAACAGAUCAAACAAUGGUCAAUAAUGUACAAUUUCCAUGAGAAACUUAAGACAAAUUUUGACUUGAAGGAUGAAAAUUCCAAUUUUCAAAACGGCAAACUAAAACUGUAUGCAGAUGUGUUCGAAGCUUACAUUGGCGGCUUGAUGGAAGAUGAUCCAAGGAAUAAUUUGCCCAAAAUAAGAAAAUGGUUAAGAAAGCUUGCCAAACCUGUCAUUGAGGAGGCUACCCGUAAUCAAGUUGCCUUGGAGAAGACGGAUAAACUUGAUAUGAAUGCUAAAAGGCAGCUUUACUCUUUGAUUGGCUAUGCUUCAUUACGUCUACAUUAUGUUACCGUAAAAAAACCCACUGCAGUUGAUCCUAAUUCCAUAGUUGAGUGCAGAGUAGGUGAUGGAACAGUUUUAGGGACCGGUGUGGGCAGAAAUAUCAAAAUUGCGGGUAUUAGGGCUGCAGAAAAUGCUCUUCGUGACAAAAAAAUGUUAGAUUUUUACGCCAAACAAAGAGCUGCCAUUCCUAGGAGUGAAUCUGUGUUAAAAGAUCCCUCACAAAAGAAUAAGAAAAGAAAAUUCUCAGAUACAAGCUGA